AUGGUCAUUGCCACAGACUACGCUUCUUCCUCCGCGACCAUCACGGUCUCAGCAAACAAGAAGCCGGAAAUGGCAUCUGCCCCUCUCAUACCCAAGCCAGCUGGACCUAACAAGCUGUUCUCUCAAGACGGCGUCACGCACGGAGACUUCCGCGAUGACCUCGUCCGAGAUGGCUACGUCGUCGUGAAAGGCGCCAUCCCACGCGACAGAGCCGAGAAGUAUGGCGAUGAAAUGAUGUCGUUCUUAGAGAACUUCGCCGGUGGUCUCGGCUUCGACCGUAACGAUCCAACUACAGUCAAGGAAUCAAACCUCCCCAUCAUAACUGAAAAGGGCAUGUGUCUGGGCUACGGUAUAGCCCACGAGUCCUUCACAUGGGCAGUCCGCCAAGAACCAGGCCUCGUCUCCGCGUUUGAGAAAGUCUACGACACACAAGACCUCAUCGUCUCCUUCGACGCCGUCAACAUGGCUUUCCCUAACCGCUCCGACGUUGCGCCUAACAAACCAUGGCCGCACCAGGACCAGGACCCGGAAAAGCCUGGUUUCCGCUGUCUGCAAGGCCUCGUCAAUAUUCUCCCCAACGGCGACAAGGACGGUGGUCUGAUCGUCUGCAAGGGCGCGCACCUCCUCAGCGAAGAAUUCCACGAAGCCUUCAAAGACGAGCCGAACCGCGUGUGGGCUUGGACAAAGGAGUGGUACGGGUUCACCGAGGAAGGCAUGCAGUGGUUGAAGGAGAAGGGGUGCGAGUGGGUCAAGAUCAAUGCUGAGCCGGGCGAUUUGUUGCUGUGGGAUAGCCGGACGCCGCAUUAUAAUCUUAGCCCUGAGGGGGACAGGCCACGGUUCUGUGUCUAUACGUGCUUCAUGCCGGUUGCGGAGGCGACGCAGGAGGAUUUGGUGAGGAAGAGGGGCGCUUUUGAGAACUUGCAGAGCACGACGCAUUGGCCUAAUGCUAUGCAUGUUGGAGGUAUCCCGGUGAAGAGGAAUGGGGAGCCGUGUCCGUAUAAUACGGGCAAGCCUAGGGAGGUGCCGAGAUUGUCAGAGAGAGGGUUCAGGUUGACCGGUAUUCCGUACAUCCAGAACGCUCCCAUUGAAGUUUGA